AUGACGAGCGGUUUUGUGUGGUGUAGAGCGGUGGUGUGUGUGGUUAGGAAAGGGCAGGGCAACAUCCUGCUGAGCGACUUGGGGGCAAAGCUGGGCGACUUUGGGGUGGCGGCACAGCUCACCCGCACCAUGUCCAAACGCAACACGUUCAUAGGCACGCCCCACUGGAUGGCACCGGAGGUGAUUCAGGAGAGUCUGUACGACGGCAAGGUGGACGUGUGGGCGCUGGGCAUCACUGCCAUUGAAAUGGCCGAGGUGCUUUUCAUGAUCUCCAGAGAACCUUCACCCACAUUAGAGGACCCCGAGAAAUGGUCCCUUUUAUUCCACGAUUUUGUGGCCAAGUGUUUGAUCAAGGAGCCCAAGCAGCGCCCCACCACGCCAGCACUACUGCAGCACAAGUUCAUCGAGAGGUGCAAGGACACGGCUGUGGUGCUGAAGAAGCGGAUCGACCAGGCCAAGGCGAUGAGAGAAGAGGCAAAGAAGCAACGGCUAGCUGCCGCUGCCCUGGAGGAGCAGAACAGCGUUUCGGAAGAUCCCAUGGGCACGGGCACAGUGAAGCAGAGGGGAGGCAGCAUGGGGGGGACAGUGAAGGCAGCAGCACUUAGCUGUGUCUUUUCCCCUUCCCUGCGUCCUUCCCCUUUUCCCUCCCCCAUGGCCAUUUCGGUCCCCCAGUCCAUGGGCACAGGCACGGUGAGGCAGAGGGGAGACGCCAUGGGGGGGACAGUGAAGGCACGCUCUGCACCAUCCGCCUAUGCUGAUGAUGAUGAACCUGAUUUCGGCACGUUUGUGAACAAGGAUUAUGAGUCCGAGGAUGAGGCGAUGGACACGGGCACGAUGCGUGUCGCCAGGUCAGACGAGCCGUCCGCCAAGUCAGCAGCCGCCACGUCAUCAGCGGAGGGCGUGGAGUCGUCUUCGGAUAACAUCGGCGCUGCGCUGGCGGCGUUGGGCGGGCAGCGCAAGGCCAAGCCGGCCCAGGCCAACAAAGUCAGCACAUCCCUCUGGUUCACCAUCUCCCUCUGGUUCACCAUCUCCCUCUGGUUCACCAUCUCCCUCUGGUUCACCAUCUCCCUCUGGUUCACCAUCUCCCUCUGCUUCACCAUCUCCCUCUGGUUCACCAUCUCCCUCUGGUCUGCUCCGUCCCGCAGGGCAGAGAGACCUCCAGUGCCCCCGAAGCAAGCAGCAGCAGCGGGCAUGGAACUGGAGGCGAAGAGGAGGAAGGGCACGGAUUUCUUUGCGGGGGCGAGACAGGCGAUGGAGGAUGGGACGAGGCAAGCCAUUGCUGAUAGCACCCGCCCCGCUCAAAGAGCCAGUCCUGGGCUGCAGGAUAAGCUAUCAGCGGUGUAUGCAGCGGGCAACACGGUCCCCAUCCCCUUCCUCCGAGCAUGCGACAUCUCCCCUCUCUCCCUCAUCGCCUCAUCCGGCCCCGACGGGGCUCCCUUUGACCAGUGUGGGCUGGAGGCGAUUCAAGAGCUGUCAGGGAGUGGUGGGCUGGCAGGCAGCAAGGGCGCCAGACGAACACCUGCUGCUGAGGUGCCACUACCCCCCAGUGUGUACCGCAGACUAGCCAACAGCACCACCCUCCCCAAUCUCGCCCGAGCGCUGGCGUACCAUAAACAGUGUUUGGACGAGAUGCCUCUACAAGGAUGGCAAGUAACACAAGAGAAGGCCAUCAUACACAACCUAUCUGACACCAUACGGACUAUUCUCCGCCUAUAA